CUAAAUUCUAAUAGACAAAUUUUAAGUAACAGUUUUCCGAAUCUCAGAAUUAUAGAUUUUGCCGUCUACCUCUUUUGGUUUAGCGGACGAAAUCGAACAAAUUGAUAAUUAACUGAGGUCAUUAUUUAGGCACAAUGUUUUCAGAAAAAUUAAAAAGACGGAAGCACUUUGAAUUUUACAUGAACCUGACCUGCACCGAAUGUACCAGUUUCCUGACAGCUUUAAUUAAAUUCAGUGGUAUAUAAGUCGCCCUUACCCUUGUGUUUGACCACAGCUGAUUUUACUUACCUGCUGCUUACAUCAUGAUUCGAUCCCUAUUUUUCCUGGCCGUCUGUGUCGCCGCUGCACACUGUGCAUACCCACGUGGAUACAUCCCCAGAGGUGGUCGAAUUGGUGGAGGUAUAAUUGGCGGUGGGGCCGGGAGGGGUAUAAACGGAGGUGGACACGGAUGGAACGGAGGAAACAAUGACAACGGAUUAAACAACGGAUUGAACGGAUUAAACAACGGAUUGAACGGAUUAAACAACGGAUUGAACGGAUUAAACAACGGAUUAAACGGAUUGAAUGGUCUGAAUGGAAACAAUGGCUUAAAUGGUCUGAACGGAUUAAAUGGUCUUAAUGGAAUAAACGGAAACAAUGGAUGCGGUCCAUACGGAUGUGGACGUAAUGGAUACCUCGGAUAA